GUACCUGCAGUGCAGCUGGUGGAAACUGCCAAGGCCAUCCUAGCAGACGAUGCUGCGCUGGGCAUUCAAAGGAACGAUAAAGUAUUGAAGCGGAUAGCCAAGGGCGGUCCAACACAUGCGGCAAGGCAAGCGUUUGCAGCCUUUGACUCUGUUAAUCUUCGCGCUCCUAUGCGAGUGAGCAGGGAUAGCAUUGGUCAACGCGAUGAUUAUCCAUGGAUCCGGCCUCAGGAUUUUGCCUUUUGCCUGCAGCGCGAAAAAAGGCUGGAUCUUUUGCUGCCGGCUGCUGACUUGCAAACCAGCAGGCUAAUUCUACAGGAGUAUUGGCGGCGGUUCAAAAAUCAGUAUGAUGAUCAUGGGAUCUUCCAGGAGCUGACGCCCCAAGAACUGCAGCUGACGGUGCCAAUCAAAAUUCACGGCGACGAGGGUAAGAAAAAGUCACCCAUUAUGCUGAUGAGCUGGCAGCCCGUUUUGGGAUCUGGGACCAGCAGAUCCAUUACUUUGCCAGCUGCUGUGCAGAAGGAGGCCAUGAACAUGAAUUUUCUGGGCCACUGUGAGACAACGCGUUUUCUGUCCUUUGCUGCUCUCAAAGAGACUUACUGGGACAAUCCAGGAGUUCUCCAGAAAGCAAUGACACUCAUUGCUGAGGAUCUUCUUGCCUUCAUGAGGAAAGGAAUUCCUUUAGAAGAUUCCAACUUGCCUCUCAGAGUGGCAGUUGUGUCAAUCAAAGGUGAUUGGCCAUGGUUGAUAGAAGCUGGUGCACUGACAAGACACUUCAGAAGAGCUCCAAAGAAAGGAGAGUCAGCUAUGGUUGGUGAAGGUAUAUGCCAUCUCUGCCUAGCUGGGUGUGAUGGAUAUCCUAUGCACGAGGUGGGUGAUGCUGCGAAAUUCCUUGCAACAAUGGGAUCGGCUGCGUCGCUUUGCCCGUGGAAUACACUAGCGCCCUGGGUUGACCUACUUCCGGCCUCUCCCAGCUUUCACCCGUACAUGUUCAGGCCAGACCUAUGGCAUAAUUUCCAUCUUGGACAGGGCCGCUACUGGUUGUCUUCAGCCUUUGUGGUACUGUUGCCUCUGUUUGGUGAUGGUGGGGUUGAAGUUCGCUUUCAACGUAUGACUGCAAGUUGGCGGGAGUACUGCUCAAGGAAGAAGAUCAGACUUCUAGCUAUCAGAUUGCAAUAUUUUGUGAUUUGUUGA